UGGCACGCGCGCACCGCAGACUGUGGUGGCGCUACCGGGUGGAGGGAGAGAGAGCGAGGAAGAGAGAAGCGAGACAGAAAGGGAGGAGGAGAAGGUCACGUGAGGGGAACGUCUGUCUCCACGUCUCGACUUCAGUUUAAAACUGAAGAAAAAAAAAAAGUGUGCAGCCGGUGCUCGGGCCUGUGACAGCGCUGCUUGCCGUGAUGUGCAGCUGAACAGAAUACAUCUGUACACUUUUCAUGGGAAGACUAGCAAAAUGGAAGAGCCCCAGACAAAUGUCGAAAGUGCUAACAAAAGCCUCAAAGAUGACAGCUAUUUCAGUUCCGAGGAAAUCCAAGGAAAUAAAACUUCUCUUCAGAAAAAUAUUUCUUUGACAGUGCCUGAAGAGUUACCAAGGGAAAGGCCUGAAAAAGCCUUAAAUAAAGUCCAACCCUCCCUACUUCUACAAGCUGGUACUCCAUUUGUCUCUAGUGAAAAUUCUAAAUUGCCUAAAGUGAAUGCUAAUAAUGGAUCAGUUUUAAACUCCACAACAAAUACUUCUGUCCUUACAACAGACAUUGUUUCACCAAUGACAGAAGUUUCUGUAGCCCCACAAACGGAUACUUGCUCAACUUUGAAAGUAGUAUAUGAACUUCAGCAGUCUUCAAAGAAUAUUAUAAAAAAAUCAAAUCAACACGUUUUAUUUUUAUUACCAGAUAUAGCACAUGCCAAGAAUGACAUCAAUUCCAUAUUUAAACAUCCUACCUCUCCUUCAGUUUCUUGUGAGACAUCUAAUAAUUUUAAUACUUUUAAGUUAGAUAGCACUUUAGCAGGGCCAGUUGAUAAGUGUGAAGAUAGCAAUGAGCUAUUAGUCAAUGACACUUGUUUGGGGCGGGGUGAUGCCUUAAGUACAGGUGAGGAAGGUGAGUUGAGGCAAAAAGUAAAAGCAGGACUGGAAUCCUUACAAAUGGAUACUCCAAAUGAACUUGUAAACAAUGAAAAAGUAGUAGACGGGUCUGAAAAUAAUGGCACUAUAAGAGUAGAAAAAAAGAGAAAGAGAAAAAUGGAUGGUAGUAAGAUAACUCGUUGCUACUCAGAAGAUGCUUAUAAUGAUGAUAAUUAUUUUUCCAAGAAAUCAAAGUUAUUACAUCUAGAUAGAGUGGAAAAGAGUUCUGAAGAGCAGAUGUUUGGUUUACACAAUUAUGAAUUAACAAAGGUCAAGUCUGAAUCUUGUCUUGAUGAGCCGGAAGAACGUCUUCCAGAGCAAGCUGUAGAAACCAUGAAAAUUUUUAUCUAUAAUCCGGUUUGUGACUUUACUAGUGAAACAUCACCUAUCCAUGGUGGGUCUUUUUUCCCCAAUAGUUUGCAAAAUGAGCAUGAUCCUCAUUCAUCACCACCUUGUACAAAUGACCAAGAGCCAUCGUUUUACCCGUGUACAAAGUGCAAUGUGAAUUUUAGAGAGAAGAAACACCUUCAUAGGCACAUGAUGUACCAUUUAGAUGGUAAUAAUCACUUUCGACAUCUCAAUAUUCCAAGGCCAUUUGCUUGUAGAGAAUGUGGUAGAACUUUUAGAGAUCGUAAUUCACUAUUAAAACACAUGAUUAUUCACCAGGAAAGACGACAGAAAUUGAUGGAGGAAAUCCGUGAAUUGAAAGAGCUUCAGGAUGAAGGUAGAAGUGCACGAUUGCAGUGUCCACAAUGUGUAUUUGGAACCAACUGCCCAAAGACUUUUGUACAACAUGCCAAAACCCAUGAGAAAGAUAAAAGAUACUACUGCUGUGAAGAAUGCAACUUUAUGGCUGUCACUGAAAAUGAACUGGAGUGCCAUCGGGGUAUUGCUCACGGGGCAAAACGCUCUGUUCUAACUGCAGAGGUAUCCCACAGAACAGUCCAGAAAAAAACUUCAUUGAAAGAACCUUUUUUUCUUUCCUCCAAAAAAUCUACAUCGUAUAUGUGUAAGAUGUGUCCUUUUACUACACCUGUCCGAAAUAUUUUAAGGAAACAUAUUGAAUAUUUACAUCCAUCAACUUCUGUGGAUCGGUUUAAUUGGCCCCUUGUACUUAAAAGUGAAAAUAUGAAUGAUAAUGAAUUUGUAGAUACUAGUAAAGAAACAAAAUCAUUCAUGAAACCAUCCUCCUCUUUUCCAAAGAACACUUUCUUAAAGCAGGAUGUUAAAAGAUCAUAUGUUUCUGUGUCUCAACCAAACAGUUUCACAAAGUUCCACAGAAAACACAAACUCCAAAAAGCUAGGAAAGGUCCAGCACAAUCUUUACCAUGUGGACCUUCUGUUUCUCCAAAUAAUUCUCUUUUAUUCUCUAGUAAUGACCAAAAACAGAGAUAUUUUCAACAAAUGAAUAAGGAAAAACAUGCCAGGGUGAACCAUACAUACAGAUAUAAACAGAUGGAUGGUUACAAAAUAAGGAAAUCAAGUGACAUUUACCCACUAAAUUUAAAAAAGGAACACGAAAAUAGUACUAAUUCUAUGCAGAUGCUUUCAAUACAUGGUGAUCUUCAAAAUGAUAAUUUAGUCAUGGAUUCACAAAAUUCAUAUGCUAAAAAGAUUGUUGAACGUAGGCAGGGGUCUCAAAAAAAAGUGCUAAAAUCAGAAGAGGGGCACCCAGUCACGCAAGAAGACUUGGAUUGUUAUCCAGAUUUUCUUCACAAAAUGACUUUUGCUGUAAUUAAGAAACUAGAAUCAUCUGAGAAGAAGGGUGAUAAUUAUAAUUCCUGGAGAAACGGUGAACUUCAUAGUUCAAACACGGAGUCACCAGAUAAUACCUACAGUAAUUCAAAAAAACAAAAUAAUUAUCCACUAUUCAAAGAGAAACUGAAACGUCGCCAUACUGGAGAUGAAACCAACUUGCAUUUUAAUAAUGAGGACUUUUAUUUUGAGUAUUAUGAAGAUGGAGAAGAAUUACAUGAAACGUCUGGUGCUAAUCUGGAAGAUGCAGAUUCUGCAUUACCAAUCGACAAUUCUGCAUUCCACUGGAGUGACUUGUCCCUUGAAAAAAAGGCAUGUCCAUAUUGUCCUGCAACAUUUGAAACCGGAGUUGGAUUAUCAAAUCAUGUUCGUGGGCAUCUUCAUAGAGCAGGAUUAACUUAUGAAGCUCGACAUGUGGUGCCACCUGAACAAAUAGCAACUAAUGACAAAAUGCAGCAUUUCAAGAGGACUGGAACCCCAACAAAAAGAGUAAGAAAAGUUAUUGAGAAAUCAGAAAGUCCUUCUGAACACACUUGCACGCUUUGUGGAGGCUGGUUUGAUACUAAAAUUGGUUUAUCAAAUCAUGUUCGAGGGCACCUUAAGAGACUUGGAAAAACAAAAUGGGACUCUCACAAAUCCCCAAUCUGUGUUCUCAAUGAAAUGUUGCAAAAUGAAGAAACAUAUGAAGAAAUAUUGAAAGCACUGAACAGCCGUCGUACCCAUAAACCAUUUACAGAGCAAAAAUCUUCCUCAAAUAAUGACUGUUUAACAACAAAUACUAUACCUCUGGAAGCACACCGUAAUGGCCUAAAGACUGAUGUUCUGUCAGAAAAAAUAUUGCAUGAAGGGCUGUCUUUAGCAAAACAUUGUGAUCAGACAAGUGUGCGUGUUGAAAAGGAUAAGCCUCUUUCACUUAUCGAACUUCUUAAAAUGAAGAGAUCAUGUGAAGACAAGAAUGUAGACAAUUUCCCUCAAAAGGUGAAUCAAACUGCGAGAAAAAGGUUUAUUCAGAAAUGCCUUCUUCCACUAAAUGAAGACUGUUCACUUAUGUACAAUCCACAUAAAGCUUUUGACUUUACUAUGCAGUCAGUAUUAGACUGCAAGCAAAAAAAGUCAAGGUCAAGAUCUGGAAGUAAGAAGAAAGGACUACAGUUACCUCACAGUUCUGAAGAAGUUUACAUCUUGAGAUGCAGGUUUUGUGGACUUGUUUUUCGUGGACCUCUGUCAGUUCAAGAGGACUGGAUAAAGCACUUGCAACGCCACAUUGUUAAUGCUAAUCUUCCUCGGACUGGAGCUGGUAUGGUUGAAGUAGAGCCGCUGCUUAAAAAAACUCCCUCAAUCACUGAAACUUCAUUUUCUCUACUCAUGGCGGAAGCAGCAACAUAGAAGAAAUGACCAUAUUAAUAACAAAACUCAUCUGCAUUGGAUGUACAGUGGAGCUUUUUUAAAUGUUGCUAUAUUUGUUUAUAUUGCAAAGGACAAACUAAAUACUGAUUUGCCAUAAUGUAAAAAAUAACUGUCCUUAAGUUACAGUAAGUUCUUUAUAUUUUAUUAGAAAUAAUUUUAAGUUUUGGUUACAUAAUGUGUUUAAUGUGACAAAGUCUUUUUAGAUCUACAAAACUUUUUAAAAUUAUCAAAGAUUUUAAUCAGAUUAUGAAAAU